UCAGGAUAUUCCCCGGAAAGAAUAAUGGCCCGGCAAGGAAAGGACUGGGACCCACACGAGACCCUGACACCCUGAGACCAUCAUGGACCCAAGCAUUCAAGCUCUGGAGCUGUCGGGGGUCUUGGUCUGUGGGGGGGCCUGGCUCUGCUCGCUUGCCACCACCCUGAUGUCCACCUGGCUCACCCUCUCCACCGACCUGCUCCCCACAGAGACCUACGAGCUGGGCCUUUGGGAGACCUGCGUGGUUCAGGACCUCGGGGCGCUGGAGUGCCGGCCCUACGACGGCCUCCUCGGUCUGCCGCCGGACAUCAAGCUGGCCCGGAUCCUCAUGUGCGUGACGCUGGCUGCCGGGCUGCUCGGACUCCUGCUGGCUGUCCCCGGCGUGGACCUGGUGAACCUCUGCCACGACCCGCCGGAGGACCGCCGGCUCAAGUGGGCCUUGAAGGCGGCGGGCGGGACGCUGUGUCUGGCGGCCGGGAUCCUGGGGCUCGUCCCGGUCUCGUACGUCGCCCACCUCGCAGUCCUGCGGUUCUUCGACGAGUCGGUGCCGGAGGUGGUGCCGCGCUGGGAGUUCGGGGACGCUCUGUUCUGCGGCUGGACGGCGGGAGUUCUUCACCUGGCGGCGGGAACGCUGCUGCUGACUUCCUGUUUGUGUCUGCAGACGGAAAACUGGGACCUGCGCCCAUCCUCCCCCUAGUGAGGGGGAGGAUGGGCGCAAUGAUUAACAAAGAGUUUCAGACAAUUUCAAUCUUAAAUGUGAGUUGAAGCUGGAAGAUGAAAGAUCAGGUUUUAUAAACAGCAGAGUGAACUAGAUUUAGAAUACAAUGUCUAGAGAUGCAGAUCGACUAUUGUUCUCUUAUUUAACCCUAAAUAAGGAGUUUGUUUCUGUUCCAGAAUAAUUGAAGAUAAAGUUUUGUGGGUUUGAACAAACAACAAACCUUUAAAGUUUAACAUCUGAUAAAUAGAUUUCCUCUCAAUCAGUCAGAUCUCCAGGUUGUUCACUCGAGGAAGUCGUGCUGCUAGUUUCUGUUAACUAAUAAACUAAACACACGUCUGUCUCCUUUUAUGUAAUCGUUAUUGUAGAAAUAUCAUUUCUGUUAUCAGAUUUAAUUUAAUGCUUAAUUAUCUACAUUGUUUUCACUCAGUCAUCUAAUGACAAGUUUAAUUUGGAGUAAAAUAAAAUAUAAAAUCAUUUCUCCUUCAAUCAGAAAGAAACGUUUUGAUUCUGAAUGUCGUCAGCAGAUGAAUGUGAACAAAGAAACAAUAAAAACAACUGU